CAAAGCGCUACUCCAACCACCAAAGACCAAAACCAUCAACAUGGUUGAGGAGAAGAAGAAACACCAACACCAAAAUCAACAACAACAACAGCCCAACAAAUCCACCUCGGACCCUCACUUCAAGCCAACCUCCGAUGUCAAAGGCAUCCGCUUCGGCGGCCAAUUCGUCGUCAAGUCGUUCACCGUCCGGCGAGCCACGCCGCUGGAACUGCUACGCCUCCUCGACAUCCCCCCUUCCUUCCUGAGCCAGUGCCAGGCCCUUCCUUUCCCUUCAACCACCACUUACUUGCCCACCAACUUCACCAUCUUAGCACACCAUGCAUGGCACACGCUCACCCUCGGCCUCGGCACCAACAAGUCCAAGGUGGUUCUCUUCAUCUUCGAGUCCGAGAGUAUGAAGUCAGCCGUAGACCAGCUCUGGCCACCCAUGAUUCCUCUGGGUGAUGUCAAUAAGAAGCUCAUUCGGGGGCUCUCGGGAUGCGAGAUGGCACGGUUCAAGUUCAGGAAAGGAUGUCUCACCUUCUACGUUUAUGCUGUGCGGCGGCUGGGCGCCGCCGGCUUCUCAUGCGCUGAUGAUUUGAGGAGCAUUCUGGAGGCGGUGGUGGCUCUAAAAGAUUUCUUGGACCACACAGCAAUGCUUGCGUUGCCCAGCCUCCGGAGCAUCACUUUCCCACCGCCGGUCGCCAUGGCGCAUUGAGCCUUUCCCCUUGGUUUCUCUCUAAGGUAACAUCAGUCUGAUCUUCUUUUUCACAAUUUUCUUUGAGUUAUUUGACCAACUAAGGAGGUAAUUUGAACAUCUUGAGAUUGUUUAAUUUUUUCAAUGCACCUUCGUCUGUCCCUCUUUUCGCGAUGCAUUGAUCAAGUGUUUGUAAACUGUAGAGUCUUUUUUCUCCGGUACAGGGUGCAGAGAGUUGUGUAUGAGUCGAUUUACACAAAACUCGUCCUCUUUUGUCUGUAAACAUUUGAGCCUCGACAGUAUUUUGGUUCAUUUUCUUCAAUACAUGAGAAUUGCUUGUCGGUCGUGUUUUACCUGACGGUAAAUAUUCACUCUUCCUGGGGCUGGCCGCUGGUGCUCGUAAUAUUGGAAGUAUUAUUAUCA